GGAAGCGUCCACAUCCCCCAUGGUCAAGUACGUUGCCGACCUCCACGCACUCCCUGCUUAUGCCGGUGCGCUCCCCAAAGUAGUCGUGAUCGGCACCAAGGAGACUCCCGCCACUGCCCUCGCGCAACAGAUCCUCACUCGCCUGAACAAUGGCACCGCCGUCGACACCGCGCUCCUUGAACACGCUGUGGCGCAACUCUCCGCGGGCCUUGACAGCGCCGCCUCGACGCACUUGUACGUGUCUCUCGGUGCCCGUGGUGUCGCCAGCGUUGUUGUCGCACAACUCCCGACGUUCAUCUCCCGUUACAACACCCUCUCGCGCCCGCAUGCGAUUUCCGCGCUUGUCCGCAGCAACGUGCCCGACAACAAGGACGUGAUUGUCGCGUUCACGUUGCCAGAACAUGCGACCACCACCGUCUCGGCGGGUGUGGCCGUGGCCAAGGGUAUUUCCACGGCGUACAGCCACAAGAGCAGCGGCACCCAGAGUGGCGUGAUCACGGACGGCGUGUCGACGACCGUGGCGUUGGACCAAGUCGUCGUCGUGUUCGAUCACACCGUGGACGCGUCCACGGUGUCGUUCCUGAACGCAACUGCGACGGGCAUCCACUUGACCCAACGCCUUGUGGACUCGCCUCCCAACGAGCUCAACACGGACACGUUUGUCGCGGAAGCCAAGGCGGUCGCGGCGCGCGUCCAUGCCGAGAUCACCGUGAUCCAGGGCGAAGAUCUCAACACGCAAGGGUUUGGCGGCAUUUACGGCGUCGGCAAAGCGGCUGCAAACCCGCCGGCGCUCGUCGUGCUCAGCCACUACCCGUCGUCGUCUUCUAAAUCAGACAAGAGCGUCGCGUUGGUCGGCAAGGGUAUCGUAUACGACACGGGGGGACUGUCCAUCAAGAUCUCGGGCAGCAUGGUGGGCAUGAAGCACGACAUGGGUGGCGCGGCGGGGCUCCUCGGCGCGUUUGAAGCCGCCGUGCUCGCCGGAACCUCCUCUCGGCCGCUGCAUGUGGUGCUCUGCCUCGCCGAAAACGCCGUGGGUCCCCUCGCCACCCGCCCCGAUGACAUCCACACGUUGUACUCUGGCAAGACGGUCGAGAUCAACAACACGGACGCCGAGGGCCGGCUGGUGCUCGGUGACGGUGUCGCAUAUGCCGCCAAGCAUUUGAAUCCGCAUGUGAUUCUCGACAUGGCUACACUCACGGGCGCGCAGGGGAUCGCCACCGGCAAGCGGUUCGGCGCCGUCGUGUCCAACGACAACGACCUCGAAGCAUGGACAGUCGCGGCCGGCAAGGCCUCUGGGGACUUUGUUCACCCGUUGCCGUACGCCCCCGAGUUUUUCCGCGAUGAGUUCAAGAGCAAAGUGGCCGACAUGAAGAACAGCGUCAAGACGCGCACCAACGCCCAAGUGAGCUGCGCUGGUCAGUUUAUUGCCAACCACUUGGGCGAGUAUGAGACCUCGGGCAAGUGGAUCCAUGUCGACAUGGCGUACCCUGUGAUUGAAGACGACCUAGCCACGGGCUUUGGCGUUGGCCUCGUGCAGUCGCUGCUGGCGUCGCUUCCCUAAAAACUACUAGUACUAGUAGAUAUUAUAUACUACUCGAGAACGGUUAUAUGACAGUAUGUAUAUAUAAUAUGUACGAAUACAGUAUCUUGUAAUAUCACGA